CUUUGUGAGUGAAUUAGCAGCAGUGAGAAAUCCCACCAUGCAGACUAGAUGGACGCAGGUGCAGACAGAAGUGGUGGUAUCAGACAUAACUUUCCAUAUCUUUUACAUCAAAUGUUUAUGUUUAGGGUUGCAAUUCAAAAUUUUAUAACCUAUAUAUAUAUAUAUAUAGUCUCUUUUUGCGUCUUCGAUUACUAAUCAAUAAUCAUAUAGAGAGGAGGAUGAAGGGUGUGUGGGAGAAACGAUAUGAGCGGUGUCUCAUCUGCGUAACUCCAGAAUUUGCCACCGUAAACAGUCCCGCACCCCCCAAAACCCCAAUCGCUGGUUCUACACUUGCCCCCAUGUCUGUCCUCUCCUUUCAUUCUUCAUCUCCUUUUCCAAUUCUUCUUCAAUCAGCUUGUUGUUUUUCAGGACAAGAAGUUUAACAAGUGAGAAGACGACGUCAAGCCCCAUGAAUGGAUCCUCGUGCCUUACUGCGGCGGCUGCGGCGCCGGACUUUGCCGAGUCAAGAGGGUUAUUACCGGAUCCUCUCCGGGUGGUCGGAUCAUGUUCCUCUGCAGAAUCAAGGAGGGAGAAGGUUCUUGCGGAUAUAGAGUUUGGCAAGACGAGCUAGAAGCAAUGGAAGCUCGUGAGGUGGAGGAAAAGAAGAAGAUGGAAGCUGAGGCAGUAGAAGCCAUGAUCAACAACCAGAAUCAACUUAAUGUUUUGCGAGAGCAUAUCUCUUCUACCAAGGACCGGCUCUUCCAAAUCGAAGCCGAGGUGAGACUUUUGAAGCUUCAGCUAGAUAAAUUAUCUAAAAAUAAGGAGGUGUUGGAGGGCAAACAUUUGAUUGCAUCUAAGGAACUGGAACAGUCUCAGAAACUACUGGAAGAGAAGGAAGCGGAACAAAGUGCUGCAUUCGACAGAGCAAGAGCGUCGCUAGAGGAUAGAAUUGUACCUGCGUACAUCUAGUUCGUUUUCUUGUAUUGUAGUAUAUCCAACAUUCGAUAAUUAUUAGUACGUCUAAACUCUAAACCCUCUCUUUGUAAUAUAUAUCCAGUUCGCUUUCUUGUAAUAUAUCUAACAUUUGAUCA